ACGCUUGGAAUUGGAAAUUUGGAAGGACUAGCUUAAGGAACGAAGGAACAUACUUUCAGGGCUCAGGCUUCAGCUGCAGAAUCAAACUGAUAAAGGAAUUCAUUCCAAGUAAAUGAAGUCAUUCUUUCCGGCCAUCUUUCUCUUGUCGCCCUUCAUCCGCAAGCCAUGAAGCUCCUUGCAACUUUUAGAUCCUCCAGGGCACACAUUGCUUUUUGUAGAAUAACAGGGCCUUUGCAAUGUCGUUCCUUCCAACCUGAUUUUGUUCCAAGAGAUCCAAAUGCCAAGCCUAGAAGAUACAAAUACCCUGCCGUGUACGAUCCAUAUGGCCCUAGACCCCCACCUUCCGAUAAGAUCAUUCAGCUUGUAGAACGGAUUGCUGCCCUCACACCCGAGGAGCGCAGACAAAUUGGGCCCACACUUAGAGAGAGAUUGAAGCAUCCCAUGAUGAAACCUAUAUCAGUAGAAGGCAUAGAUUUUGGUGGCAGUGGAGGGUCAGGAGCUGGAGCAUCAAAGGCCGAGGAGAAGAAGGCAGAAAAAACAGUAUUUGAUGUUAAGCUAGAGAAAUUUGAUGCAGCCGCAAAAAUCAAGGUGAUCAAAGAGGUACGAGGGUUUACAAAUUUGGGAUUGAAGGAAGCCAAGGACCUCGUAGAAAAGGUGCCUGCAGUUCUUAAGCAGGGGGUUACCAAAGAGGAGGCAAACCACAUAAUCGAAAAGAUCAAAGCUGCUGGAGGAGUUGCUGUGAUGGAGUGAGUGAUAAUCCCUGUCUGCCAGAUUGUGUUGUUCCUGCUAGGACAAAACCAUCUUUCAUUUCUUGAAAUUCUACCUGGAUGAUUGUUUUGGUGGCAGAGGGCUAAAGGAGAGAGCCUUUAAAAUUCAGCCAUUGGAAUACUUCCUUCUAAUUUUAGAGUCAGACACUUCUUGUCUUCUUCUCUUCCAAAUACAAAUAUUGGCUCCUCUGGCAAAGCUUAUAAUGAUGAAUACUGCAAACUUUAUUAUCUACUCCAAUUUAUUCAUUAUCAGCUU